AUGCGCAAAACUAAUCCAGAUGCUAAACAAAUGAGUUCUCAAACAAGUAAUGGAAAACUAUCAGCAAAAAGGGCAGAUUACUUUCAUAAAAAGAGGUAUCCAGACACGGGUCACAGCGACCCGGAAAAGAGGAAACAGUUACUGAAUCAAGCCUCCUCUUCAGGCUUUACAGACUCGGAGUCCGAGGUGUUAGGAGAGGAGAGCAAGACACUCGGGGCGGCCCGCGCCCCUCUCAGUGGGGGGCGCCCCGACUCGCCGGUGCCCUCGGCGGCCCGGGUGGGACGUGACCCCGCCCCCGGCGAGUCGGGGCGCCCCCCACUGAGAGGGGCGCGGGCCGCCCCUAACCCCAGGGCCGGGGCGUAUAAGGGAGGCCCAGCCGGGAAAAUGUCUCCGGUCUGUGUGCGCAGCUUCGCGCGAGGGUCAGCGGUGGGGCAGCGGCGGCCCAAGCUGCCCGGCCCUGCCCACGAACGGGCUCCCACGGCUCGACAGCUGCCCGACGGGCUAGCAGGCUCCGAACGUCGACGGAGCCCAUCCAGAGAUAGACAAUUGGAUUAUAAAGUAAACCGCCUGCAUAAUUACUGGGAGAAAGAGAUCCACAGUUCUGCAACUGUCAACAGAAACAUCUCACAACAACAAUGGUUGGUUAGUAUAGACCAUCAUCCUGCAGCCAGUCUCUGAGCAACAUCGUUCUUUAUUCUGAUUUCAGUUGUUUUUCAGACUUAAUUUUUUAGGGCAUCGCUACAAAGAGAUUAAAUGCUGAAACUUUAA